UGCCAGUGCUCUGUUUUUACAGGGUUGCAUAAAAAAGUGUUUCUUCCACCUUCCCUCCACUUGAAGAGAGAGGGUGACAAAUAUGGAAGCUAGCUCGGCUUCCAAGUGGGUUAUCUUCUGCAUGUUUUUGAAUUUGGGUAUUCAGCUCAUACAAUGCAGUGUCACAUAUGACAGGAAGGCGCUCAUCAUCAAUGGGCAGAGAAGAAUUUUGUUCUCUGGGUCCAUACAUUACCCAAGAAGCACACCUGAAAUGUGGAAAGGGCUUAUACAGAAGGCCAAAGAUGGAGGCUUAGAUGUUAUUGACACCUACGUGUUCUGGAACGUUCAUGAGCCUUCACCUGGCAAUUAUGACUUCGAGGGAAGAUAUGACUUGGUUCAGUUCAUAAAGAUUGUUCAGAAAGCAGGACUAUAUGUGAAUCUUCGCAUUGGGCCUUUUAUUUGUGCCGAGUGGAAUUUUGGGGGAUUUCCUGUUUGGUUGAAGUAUGUGCCUGGCAUCAGCUUCAGAACAGAUAAUGAACCUUUCAAGAUGGCAAUGCAGGGGUUCACCCAAAAAAUUGUCCAAAUGAUGAAGAAUGAAAAGUUAUUCGAGUCUCAAGGUGGCCCUAUCAUCCUCUCUCAGAUUGAGAAUGAGUAUGGGCCAGAAAGCAAGGCAUACGGUGCAGCUGGUUAUGCCUACAUGACUUGGGCUGCAAAAAUGGCUGCUGAAUUGCAUACUGGGGUCCCAUGGGUUAUGUGCAAGGAGGACGAUGCUCCAGAUCCUGUGAUCAACACAUGCAAUGGAUUUUAUUGUGAUUAUUUCUCUCCAAACAAACCUUACAAACCCACAAUUUGGACUGAGGCUUGGAGCGGCUGGUUUGCAGAUUUUGGUGGCCCAGUUCACCAGCGACCAGUUGAAGAUUUGGCAUUUGCAAUUGCCCGGUUCAUUCAAAAGGGAGGGUCCUUAGUAAACUACUAUAUGUAUCAUGGAGGAACCAACUUUGGAAGAACAGCUGGAGGCCCUUUUAUCACUACCAGCUAUGACUAUGAUGCUCCAAUUGAUGAAUAUGGCUUGAUUAGGCAACCCAAGUAUGAUCAUUUGAAGGAGCUUCAUAGGGCCAUUAAGCUAUGUGAGCAGGCCUUAGUCUCUGCUGAUCCCACUGUUAAUUCCUUGGGAAGCUAUGAACAGGCACAUGUAUUUUCUUCCAAGUCAGGAGAUUGUGCAGCUUUCCUCUCAAAUUAUCAUAUGGACGUCACCACAAGGGUGACAUUCAAUAAAUUGCACUAUGAUCUGCCACCUUGGUCUAUCAGCAUUCUUCCUGAUUGCAAAAAUGUUGUCUUUAACACUGCCAGGGUUGGACUUCAAACAACCCGGGCCCAAAUGUUGCCUACUAAUGUUGAGUUGCUCUCAUGGGAAACAUUCAAUGAAGAUAUAUCCUCGGUUGACAAGGAUUCAAAGUUCACUGUUGCUGGUCUCUUGGAGCAGUUAAAUGUCACUAGAGAUACCAGCGACUAUCUCUGGUACAUGACCAGUGUCGAGAUAAGUCCAUCUGAAUUGUUUCUACAUGGAGGCCAGCAUCCGACUCUCAGUGUGCAAUCAGCAGGCCAUGCCUUACAUGUGUUUAUCAAUGGGCAUCUUUCAGGUUCAGCCUUUGGAACUCGGGAAACCAGAAGAUUCACUUUUACUGGAAAUGUCAACCUGAAAGCUGGAACAAACAGAAUUUCAUUACUUAGCAUAGCCGUUGGAUUGCCAAACAAUGGGCCACAUUUUGAGACGUGGAAUACAGGAAUCUUGGGACCAGUGGUUCUAUAUGGACUAGCCCAGGGGAAGAGGGACUUGUCCUGGCAGAAAUGGUCAUACCAGGUGGGGCUCAAAGGAGAAGCUAUGAAUCUAGUUUCUCCAAGUGGAAUAUCAUCUGUUGAUUGGAUGGGAGGGUCCUUUGUUACACACAAAAAACAGCCUCUGACAUGGUAUAAGGCAUAUUUUGCUGCACCAGAAGGAGAUGAGCCAUUGGCGUUGGACAUGGAUAGUAUGGGAAAAGGUCAAGUAUGGAUCAAUGGGCAGAGCAUUGGGAGAUAUUGGACUGCUAAUGCAAAUGGUAAAUGCAGUGGCUGCAAUUAUUCGGGGACAUUCCGACCUACAAAGUGCCAAGUUGGUUGUGGCCAACCAACUCAAAGAUGGUACCAUGUUCCUCGGUCUUGGUUGAAGCCAACCCGAAAUCUACUGGUUGUUUUUGAAGAAAUUGGUGGAAUUGCAUCAAAGAUUUCUCUUGUGAAAAGAUCAGUUCCCGGUGUACAUAGUUGAAGGACUUGGACAACAGUAAUAUCUAUUCCACCAGAUAUAAUUUUGAUUCAGAGGGAUAGAAUGAUAUGACAAUGAGUUCCAUUGCUCUGGUUGAAUCUUUUGAUGGAAAUAAGAUCAGUGUCUUUCAUGCUGAAGAUUACUAUUUUUUUGUAACUCUGGGGAAAUCAAACCCCAACUAAGUGUAACUUAUCUUAGAAAUAAUGUUAGACUGACCAAUCAUGGUCCUCUAUUAGUUUUUUUUUUAAUUUUGGUCAGACACUAUUACACAGAGGGGACGAUGAGGUUUAAAUUUGUGACCUUAAGGUGUAAUAG